AUGUCGAAAUACCUGAAAUCACCGGACAAUAUGCUCACAUCAACUAGCCUGGAGUCGAUUGCUCAGUAUUAUAUUCUCAAUGAUAUCCGUUCGUCAAUUGACAAAAAUAUUUUCUCAGAAAAGUGUUUUUUGGAAGAUAAUGGAGAGGAAUUGAUACAGAAAAUGCUGGAUAAUUCGAAUUAUAAGCUCAGAAUGUACGGAUCGACCGACGAGCUUUCGCAGAAUCUGAAGAUUUAUCAGAAUUUUCCGAAUAGUUAUCGAUUUUUCAAAACUGAAUUCGAGCCUUCCACAACAACGACCACACUAUAUCGCAGUCUGAAAAAUGAGGAAUACAUCUGCAAGUCGGAUCUGUUCGUUAUUCUUCAGAAUAUGGCACUGGAUGUUUUCCCAGGAACGACCUCCGUUUCGGUCCGCUUAUCGAUUCUCACCGCUGUCCGUGUAGAACAAAACAAGCUUCCCCAUCGUAUAGAAUUCGUAAAAUUCGAUCAAAAAGUGUUCGAUGAGAUUGAGAUGGAAAUGAGAGAAGCUAGAAAGCUCUGUUUCAUGAGUAAUUCCGAAUUAGCAGUUCUUGCCGCUCAAUUAGCUGCUGGAAAUUUCGAUUCCAUGGUGGCGAAAUUUGAGAAAGUUCGUAUGAAAGAGAGAUGGACGAAGAAAGAUUCAGAUGAAACUCGUAAAAGUCUGAAAGAUUACUACAGUAAGAUGAUGACGUCGAAUAAGGAUCCUGCGCUAGCCUUGGCUUUUUUCUUGGUUAAAACCGCCGCAAUGAUUUGCCUCAAUAAGAUUAUUAAUGUGAAGAGGCCAGAAAUCUUUCUUCAAAGCUCCACGAAGAAGUCCCCGAUGAUUGUGAGAUUAUUCGAAGAUGGAGAUCAACAAUUUGUAAUGGAAUCUGAGUUGGCGAUUGCUAUGAAGCCAGAAAAAGUUUCUGAAAUUAUCGUUGGUAGAGGCAAAGUUGGAUUUCAUGAUUACUCAACGAUCACAUUGGAUGAAGCUAUCAGAAAAGGAGCUGGACGUGUUGAGUUCAUCCGCUAUCCAAUCAAAAGAACCAAGAACCGAGCUGUUCCUAUCGAAGGACCGGAUCCAGAAGACCCGGAUGAUUGGUUUAUUUUGGCUGUGGACGGUUUCUUCGAAUACAUGAAGAGUAUCAUCACUGGAUUCAAGAUUUUUCAGAAAUGUGUCGAUACUUUUGCCGUUUUUGAGCUCCUUUUUAAUGCUCUCGAGAAAGUAUUCAAACCCGAAGUGAAAUCGCCAUAUUUCCUACAAAUCGAAACUGUCAAUUAUAUGUUGACGACGCUUCAGAACACUUUCAAAUCGGUUAGACCAACUAAAGACGUUCGAAAUGCGAAACCGGAUGGAUUCACUGUACAGCAUCUGAAAAAUGAGUUGAAUCAUUUGGGUCUCACUGCUUUCUUUCCGGAAAUCCAAGAUUAUGCUGAAGAUGUUUAUGAGGAAAUCGAUAAGACGAAGAAGGAGAGAUAUCUGAGAACUUGUGAUUUGAUUGAUGCUGUGGAGAAUUGUCAAUUGAUUUGUGUGCUCAAUAGAAUUCCGAAACUCAAGAAGUUCCUUCACAAUCAAAAAGGAUGCAAAAGAGUACUUGGAUACAAAUGUGAGCAUUGUGAUAAGGAGAAGAAGGCGUCGGAUGCGCUAGAAAUCAGUCAACAACCAGCAGAGGUUCAGAAGACAUCAGAUAUUCAAAAUUCUUUGAAGAAUGUGAAAAUCGAGAGCUCAAAUGUGUCAAUAUUGAAUCAAUACUCACAACCGGCCAUCUCUACUCCAAAAGACUGCGAAAAAUGCUCAGAAUCUUCAAAAACUCUCGAGAAGGUUAAAAAUGAGCUGAAAAUAAGUCAAGAUCAGCUGAAGGAGAUGGAGAAGAAGGUAUUGGAUAAGGAGAAGGAAUUGAGUGACUCGAAGAAAGAGCACGAGAAAGUCGUGGAAUCUGAAGCCAAAAAGACGGAGGAAUUUUCGAAAAUGAAGGAAGAACUCAGUAAAGAGAAAGCGAAGAAUCAGGAGAAAGAAGAGGAAAAUCUGAAGGCGUCAAAGAAAAUUGAGGAACUUCAGAAAACAAUUCUUAAACUGACAGCUGAAAAUGAGGCAAAUGAGAGCACGAUUCAGAAGUUACAUGAUAGAAUCACCUAUUUAUCGACUAAUAACCAGAAAAAUCAUCAAAUCGACGAGAAAACUAUCGAAGAAUCGACUCAAACUGUUUCUGUCACCUCUAAAAUUGCUCCUCUCGUUAUCGAUUGUCUCAUUUGUUCCAGUCAAAUCAAAUCGGGACAAGAAGUCAUCAGAUGUCCACUGUGCAAACGAAGAUUCCAUUCGAAUUGUGCAUUCAAAUGGCGCAAAGACCACUCUCAAUGCCCGGCGUGCAAUGGAGAUCUCCCUGGAAUUUAA